CCCAGCACCAGCGCAACCAGACACAGCGCUGUCGUGGCUCUAGUUAAGCGCCGCGCGUUCCGUCGUUCCGACACGACGAGAUAUACUACCGACGAUCCCGACGAAAUUCCUGCAAAAAAACCAGAACUUCCCCGUCCAGCAUUUCGCGGCAAGCAAAACGAGGCUGUGCUUGCUCCCCACGCCCCGGAACUGGGCUGCACGUGUAGUUUAAGACGGGGCACACAUCACCGAACGAACCCGUUACGUAUUAGUGUACAACGAACAGCGAAAGUGUGUGAAAAAGUGUGCUUCUCUAAUUCACAACCAGGAAGGGACUUUUUUUUUUGGAGAUUCGCUUAUUUUCCCUGCAGAACGUGUGUGUGUGUAGCUGCAGCAGCGUGGUACAGCCCAGAUCAAACACCUGUCGAAAAGGAAAGAGGGAGUGCGUGUUGUGGAGGAUCGAUUUCCCACGUUUUCCAUUUCGCAGCAUUCGUCUGCGUGAUUUCGUAAUGUGAAGAAGCAGUGCGCGAUCGACGUGUGUGUGUUUAGUGGUGGUGGGGUCCGAAUUUUCCGUAGUACGGGGGGAAAAUGUAUCAUCCCCGGGCCUGUUAAAGGCGAAGGAUUUCAAGUAGGAAAGCGAUCGUUUUAAGCAAUUGGACCAUUCUGCGCGAAAGUGUAAUAGGAAUCCAAUUGGAAAGUUCUACUUGUCAAGUGGAAAAGCGAAUAGGAAACAACACACACACACACUAAACGAAAGUGAAGUGAAGAAGAGGUGAAGUGUUUGCUGCGCGUGGUGCUUGCUUGGUUGAGAUCGAGUUGCGUGAUCGGAAGGAAGUUUUUGUUUUCGAGGAAAAUUCUGUGCUGCUGCUGCUGCUGCUGCUAGCAGUGACGACGACGCCGCCCCCGGCCACAGUAUGGGGAGCAACUGCUGCAAGGGUGAGGCAGGCACCCAGGUGUACAAAGGGAAUGGCACCGAAAUAUCGAUUGGACCUCGGCAACGGAAAAGCCCCGUCUACGUGGAGAUGAUGCGCGAGGAAACAUUCCAAGUGGAUGAAACGCCACACUUUGGGGCACCAUUUUUCCUAAGGAAGCUUAGUGACUAUACGGUGCUGGUGGGGACGAAAGCGAAACUGUCGGUGCACAUUUCCAACACUAAGGACGUAAAGGUCACCUGGUUGAAGGAUGAGGUACCGCUCGCCGAGUCGGAACGGUACGUGUGUACGAGCAAGGGCCAGCUGCACUCGCUCGACAUUGCGACCGUACUGCCCGAAGAUGAUGCCAAAUGGUCCUGCCAGGCGGAGAACCUGCUGGGCAAAUGUGUCUGCAGUGGGCAGCUAACGGUGCGAGUGCCAGAAACGUACAAAGCGCCCGAGUUUGUCGACGAGCUGCGGGCCAUCCUGACCAGCCAGGGUACGAUCUCGCUGGAGUGCAAGGUGAUCGGCUACCCGACGCCGGAGCUGCGCUGGUACAAGGACGAGAAGGAGAUCAAGGCGGGCGAUAUGUUCGGGCUGUCCAUCAACGGGGGUGAUUUGGCAUCGCUCGGCGUGUACACCUGCGUGGCGACGAACUGUGUCGGCCGCAGCCGCUCCAGCUCGAAGGUUCGCGUGCAGGAGCAGGACACGAUUGCGAAGGAAAAAACGAUCGAUAAAAUUUCACCGGUGUUUAUCGAAGAACUCGAAAGAAUUAAGGGCAAAAUAGGCGAUCGACUGGAGCUGCGUUGCAAAAUCAAUCUAUCCGCAGCUCCGAUCAGUGUGCGAUGGUACAACCAGAAUGGGCUGAUCGAAGCGAACGAAAAGUAUUCGAUAUUCGAGGACGGGUUGGGUUGCUUUCUGGUCGACAUCAAUGCGGCCGAACUGUGCGACGCGGGCGAGUGGAAGUGCGUGAUCACGUGCAAGGACGGUCUGAUCGGCAUCACCACCAAUGUGGUGGAGCUGGACGUGCCGCGGAACUAUCGUGCGCCCCGGUUUAUGGAGGGCCUGAAAGCGGUCAUGACGGACGAGGGGCUCGUCUCGUUCGAGUGCAAGGUGAUCGGUUUCCCGACGCCCAUCCUGCGCUGGUACAAGGACGGCCGGGAGCUAAAGCCGGGCGACGUGUACCACCUAACCGGUGUGAACUCGCUCGGCUCGUACUGCUGCGUGGCCCGCAACAGUUUGGGCGAGGCGUCGAGCACCACCUUCCUCUCGGUGAACGACAUCAAGGCGCAGCUGAACGAGGAGGAGUGGCUAAACCUGCUGCAGGUUAAUCAGGCGCCCGUGUUCAAGCAGGGGCUGAACAGCCGCGAUGUCAACAUUGCCGAACCGUUCCGCCUGACGGUGGUGGUGAGCUCCGUGUCGAAGCCCACGGUCUGCUGGUACAAGGACGAUCUGGUGGUGGACGGUUCGGACAACUGCAAGCUGACGGCGGACGACAGCACCUACACGUACCACCUGGACGUCGUGGUGGCCCAGCUGGACGAUCAGGGCGAGUGGAAGUGUGUGGCGUCGAACGAGUUCGGCCAGGCCGGCACGUCCUGCUUCGUCAAGCUGAUCAUACCGAAGCACUACCGGAAGCCGAAGUUCCUGGAAAACCUGAAGGCGGUGAUGCUGCGCGACGGCACGGUCAACCUGGAGUGCAAGGUGAUCGGCGUGCCGCAGCCGGUGCUGAAGUGGUACAAGGACGGGACCGAGCUGAAGCCGGGCGACAUUCAUCGCAUCAUUACCGGGCAGGACGGCAAGUGCUGCCUGGGCACGUACACGUGCGAGGCGGUCAACUGCAUGGGCUCGGUAAGCAGUACCGCCUCGCUGCACGGCUACGACGGGAUAGCGGACGAGGGGCCGCUCCCACCGGAGGGGGCGGCUGCUGGCCCGCUAGUGAAGGACGCGUCCCUGUCCACCAUCCACGAGGAGCGCACGUCGCAGAUGUUCGAUACGGCCGCGUCGUACGAGAGUGCGGCCAGCAAUGGGCGGGGCGAGAUCUCGUUCACCUUCGACGGCAAGGAGGUGUCGGUGUCGCUGUACGAAACGCCCGAGCUGACGAACGACGAGGCGCUGCAGAUAGUGCAGAUGUUUGCCGACCAGCUGCACCAGAACAUUAACGAAAACGAAAACGUGACCAGCCUGCCGUCGCUGCGGUUCGUGAAGGAAACGUCCACGUCCGGGCAGCUGGUGAUGGAGGCGCUCGUCAUCGACGUGCCGGUGGUCGAGGACAGCAACGUGUUCGAGGACGAUCGGCGCACCGACUUCGACAUCGACGAGAUGCACGACGAGAACACGUUCACGUUCGAGAGCGGCAUCGCGUCGUCGAAGGUGCGGACGCACCGGCAGAGCAGCGGCGAGCAGGACGAGUUCCGCAGCAUGACCUCGUCCGACCACUCGGACCUGGAGCAGGACGUGAUGAUGAGCAUACUGAGCCGGGACAGUCUGCCCGUACUGACGAGCCCGGCCAAGACGACGGACGGAGCAGGAGCGUCAGGCGGUGCGGAUACGGCCGAACGCUUGCUUUCGCUGGUGGAGACGGUCGUCUUCCAUCUCGCCUCGAUACGGGAGGAGGUCCGCAAUCAGACGGACCUUGCCAUGACGCCCAGCUUCUUGGAGCGGAGCGAGAAGAUUUUGGCCGACAUCUUGUAUCCGGUGCAGCAGCUGCACAAACAGCUGGCCGGCCGCCCCGUGGUGCUGGAGAACCUGCUCAGCCCCGUCGAGCAUCUGGCCCGCGGGCUGAGCGUGGUGGAGAAGUGUGUGCAGAUCGGGGGGUACAGCCGCACGUUCGUGUACCGCACGAGCGUCUGCAUUGUGGAGGGCUGCGGUAAGCAGAUCCUGAACUGUCUGACCGAUAUGCGGCUGCUGGCCGGCCAGCAGCCGGAGGCGGACUUUGUCACCCAGCAAAAGAUCUACAUGGCGCUGCUGGAGGUGCAGACGAGCAUCGAGUCGGCGCAGGAAAGCAUCCAGUCGCAGCGCAUCCUGCAGGAGGCGGACUCGGUCGCGGCGAUGCAGGACCUGUCCAGCAUCGUCACCAAUCGCUCCAUCUUCGAGGACAUCGAUUUCAUCCUGAAGGCGGACGAACCGAUCGGCGGGCUGCAGAUCAAAAACCUGCAGAUCACGGUGCUGGAGUUCGAGAAGUCGCUCGCCACCAUACUGACGAUCGUUUCGCAGUCGGACAGCUGCAACGUGCGGUCGGAAAUUGCCCGCUUUGGGCUGACGGAGGUACUGCUAGAGCUGAAGAACAAGACGGAGGUGCUGCUGGUGCAGAGCGCCGAGCAGCGCCAGCAGCGAAUCGUGGCGGAGGAAAUGAAACCGGCCGUUACCGAGCUGAGCAGCCUGGUCGAGCUGGUCGAGGCGAGCGCAUCGUACGCGGAGGUGAUCACCUGUCUGAACGAUAUGUUUGUGCCGCUGGAGGAAAUGAAAGCGGCUCUGUCGAAGCUGUCGAGCGAGCUGCGCCAUGUGCCGGAAAGGGAGUACAGCAGCAAUCAGGCGCUCGAGCAGCAGAUUGAAGAGUUUUACGAGAUGAUCGUACACCUCAAGGAGGAAAUACAGCGCACGAGCAAGGAGUACACCCGCAAUGGGGACGUGUUUGUGCGGCUGGAAGAUUGUCUCAAUCGGCUGUUUUGCAUCCACACGGCCGAUUCGAUCGACGACGAGGAGUGCGCUCGGAUGGAGAUUGUGCUGAUCCAGCUGCUGAUGAACCAUCUGACGAAGCUUGAGCUGGCGCUGCAGGAGAAGUCCGAGCAGGAGAUGCUGUCAUACAUGUCGACGGCUUUCCUGAACGUGCAUGACAAUUUGCAGCACUUUAGCUAUAUGCGCUCGAACAAUAAGUACGAGAAGAUACGGCAGGACAUACUGCAGCACGCCAGAAAGAUGGUGUUUUUCCUGAUUGAACGGGAGUCUUCCGUCACGGCGACGGAGGAACGCCGCAAGGCCAUCUAUGAGAUUGCGCUCUUCUCUAUCCAUAACGAUUCGGCACGGAUGAGGGAAGGUUUGGAGAAGGAUUUCUCCGAACUGCUGGGAGAUGCUGAAAGUGCUCACCGGUUGCUGAAAUGCUUGCAUGACUUUGACGAGUGUGCAACUUUGUGCUUGAAAACUCACGAGCAGUCCGUAUUUGCGGACAAUGAGGCAGCGUUUGCAUCUUUGUUUAAGUUGGCAACUGCUAUGCGCCAGUCCUGUGAGACGGUGGAAGAUCAGAUCAUGAAUAAUUCAUUCGAUCAUUGCAAGGUUUUAACUUCCUUGGAGGUUCUCCACGCUGCUGCGGACAAUUAUUCGCAUAGCAAUGAAAACGGUAUGGCUCUGCUGUGUCAGAAUUUGUGUGAAGAUUUGAAUCUGCUGAUCAUGACUUGUAAGCGAAAACAGGUAAAGAGUACGGAUAUUAGUGAAACUCUAUCAACGAGUACACUAGAUUCGCUAAAAACAAGCGUGAUAGAAAUCAGAAAAACUAUGCAAGCUAAAUCAUCUACGCUCAACAUCGAGCAGCCACUCAGUGCUUUAGAGUGUACGAUCAACGAGCUUGUGGAUCAGCACAUGCAGUUGGAUAGUGUUGAGCUGGUGAAUGCCAUUGCAACUCCUAUUGCGAAGGUGACCGAGACCUUGAAGAACAUCGAACUGCAGUCGGCUCAAGUGGAGCCGACGGUAGUGAUGGAGGAUUGUUUGCUGCAGAUGUGCGAGUCGCUUGAAAAGGCACAGUCUAAGCAUUCAUUGGAACAGGCCAAAGAGGGCACAGUUCAUAGCAAACUGCUCGAGACGGUCACUCAUGUACAGCACGACAUCCGCGAGUGUAUCCAGAUGGAGAAGGACACUCGGGCCAAGGCAUCUCAGAUGCAACAGGGCGCUCUGGAGUCGCUGAAGCAAUCGUUGUCUGAUGUCCAACAGCUCAUUCAGACAGAGAUUGUAGUGAAGGAGGUGUCGAAGCCGUUGUUCGCUUUGGAGAGUACGAUCAACGAGCUCGUCGGCCAGCCUAUGAAGCUUGAGAGCAUCGAGCUGGUGAACGCCAUUGCAACUCCUAUUGCGAAGGUGACUGAGACCUUGAAGAACAUCGAACUGCAGUCGGCUCAAGUGGAGCCGACGGUAGUGAUGGAGGAUUGUUUGCUGCAGAUGUGCGAGUCGCUUGAAAAGGCACAAUCUGAGCAUUCAUUGGAACAGGCCAAAGAGGGAACAGUUCAUAGCAAACUGCUCGAGACGGUCACUCAUGUACAGCACGACAUCCGCGAGUGUAUCCAGAUGGAGAAAGACACUCGGGCCAAGGCAUCUCAGAUGCAACAGGGCGCUCUGGAGUCGCUGAAGCAAUCGUUGUCUGAUGUCCAACAGCUCAUUCAGACAGAGAUUGUAGUGAAGGAGGUGUCGAAGCCGUUGUUCGCUUUGGAGAGUACGAUCAACGAGCUCGUCGGCCAGCCUAUGAAGCUUGAGAGCAUCGAGCUGGUGAACGCCAUUGCAACUCCUAUUGCGAAGGUGACAGAGACCUUGAAGAACAUCGAUCUGCAGUCGGCUCAUGUGGAACCGACGGUAGUGAUGGAGGAUUGUUUGCUGCAGAUGUGCGAGUCACUUGAAAAGGCACAGUCUGAGCAUUCAUUGGAACAGGCCAAAGAAGGCACAGUUCAUAGCAAACUGCUCGAGACGGUCACUCAUGUACAGCACGACAUCCGCGAGUGUAUCCAGAUGGAGAAGGACACUCGCGCCAAGGCAUCUCAGAUGCAACAGGGCGCUCUGGAGUCGCUGAAGCAAUCGUUGUCUGAUGUCCAACAGCUCAUCCAGACAGAGAUUGUAGUGAAGGAGGUGUCGAAGCCGUUGUUCGCUUUGGAGAGUACGAUCAACGAGCUCGUCGGCCAGCCUAUGAAGCUUGAGAGCAUCGAGCUGGUGAACGCCAUUGCAACUCCUAUUGCGAAGGUGACAGAGACCUUGAAGAACAUCGAUCUGCAGUCGGCUCAUGUGGAGCCGACGGUAGUGAUGGAAGAUUGUCUGCUGCAGAUGUGCGAGUCACUUGAAAAGGCACAGUCGGAGCAUUCAUUGGAACAGGCCAAAGAGGGCACAGUUCAUAGCAAACUGCUCGAGACGGUCACUCAUGUACAGCACGACAUCCGCGAGUGUAUCCAGAUGGAGAAGGACACUCGGGCCAAGGCAUCUCAGAUGCAACAGGGCGCUCUGAAGUCGCUGAAGCAAUCGUUAUCUGAUGUCCAACAGCUCAUUCAGACAGAGAUUGUAGUGAAGGAGGUGUCGAAGCCGUUGUUCGCUUUGGAGAGUACGAUCAACGAGCUCGUCGGCCAGCCUAUGAAGCUUGAGAGCAUCGAGCUGGUGAACGCCAUUGCAACUCCUAUUGCGAAGGUGACAGAGACCUUGAAGAACAUCGAUCUGCAGUCGGCUCAAGUGGAGCCGACGGUAGUGAUGGAGGAUUGUUUGCUGCAGAUGUGCGAGUCGCUUGAAAAGGCACAGUCUAAGCAUUCAUUGGAACAGGCCAAAGAGGGCACAGUUCAUAGCAAACUGCUCGAGACGGUCACUCAUGUACAGCACGACAUCCGCGAGUGUAUCCAGAUGGAGAAGGACACUCGGGCCAAGGCAUCUCAGAUGCAACAGGGCGCUCUGGAGUCGCUGAAGCAAUCGUUGUCUGAUGUCCAACAGCUCAUCCAGACAGAGAUUGUAGUGAAGGAGGUGUCGAAGCCGUUGUUCGCUUUGGAGAGUACGAUCAAUGAGCUCGUCGGCCAGCCUAUGAAGCUUGAGAGCAUCGAGCUGGUGAACGCCAUUGCAACUCCUAUUGCGAAGGUGACAGAGACCUUGAAGAACAUCGAUCUGCAGUCGGCUCAAGUGGAAAUGACGGAAGUGAUGGAAGAUUGUCUGCUGCAGAUGUGCGAGUCACUUGAAAAGGCACAGUCUGAGCAUUCAUUGGAACAGGCCAAAGAGGGAACAGUUCAUAGCAAACUGCUCGAGACAGUCACUCAUGUACAGCACGACAUCCGCGAGUGUAUCCAGAUGGAGAAGGACACUCGGGCCAAGGCAUCUCAGAUGCAACAGGGCGCUCUGGAGUCGUUGAAGCAAUCGUUGUCUGAUGUCCAACAGCUCAUUCAGACAGAGAUUGUAGUGAAGGAGGUGUCGAAGCCGUUGUUCGCUUUGGAGAGUACGAUCAACGAGCUCGUCGGCCAGCCUAUGAAGCUUGAGAGCAUCGAGCUGGUGAACGCCAUUGCAACUCCUAUUGCGAAGGUGACAGAGACCUUGAAGAACAUCGAUCUGCAGUCGGCUCAUGUGGAACCGACGGUAGUGAUGGAGGAUUGUUUGCUGCAGAUGUGCGAGUCGCUUGAAAAGGCACAGUCUAAGCAUUCAUUGGAACAGGCCAAAGAGGGCACAGUUCAUAGCAAACUGCUCGAGACGGUCACUCAUGUACAGCACGACAUCCGCGAGUGUAUCCAGAUGGAGAAGGACACUCGGGCCAAGGCAUCUCAGAUGCAACAGGGCGCUCUGGAGUCGUUGAAGCAAUCGUUGUCUGAUGUCCAACAGCUCAUUCAGACAGAGAUUGUAGUGAAGGAGGUGUCGAAGCCGUUGUUCGCUUUGGAGAGUACGAUCAACGAGCUCGUCGGCCAGCCUAUGAAGCUUGAGAGCAUCGAGCUGGUGAACGCCAUUGCAACUCCUAUUGCGAAGGUGACAGAGACCUUGAAGAACAUCGAUCUGCAGUCGGCUCAUGUGGAACCGACGGUAGUGAUGGAGGAUUGUUUGCUGCAGAUGUGCGAGUCACUUGAAAAGGCACAGUCUGAGCAUUCAUUGGAACAGGCCAAAGAAGGCACAGUUCAUAGCAAACUGCUCGAGACGGUCACUCAUGUACAGCACGACAUCCGCGAGUGUAUCCAGAUGGAGAAAGACACUCGGGCCAAGGCAUCUCAGAUGCAACAGGGCGCUCUGGAGUCGCUGAAGCAAUCGUUGUCUGAUGUCCAACAGCUCAUUCAGACAGAGAUUGUAGUGAAGGAGGUGUCGAAGCCGUUGCUCGCUUUGGAGAGUACGAUCAACGAGCUCGUCGGCCAGCCUAUGAAGCUUGAGAGCAUCGAGCUGGUGAACGCCAUUGCAACUCCUAUUGCGAAGGUGACAGAGACCUUGAAGAACAUCGAUCUGCAGUCGGCUCAUGUGGAGCCGACGGUAGUGAUGGAAGAUUGUCUGCUGCAGAUGUGCGAGUCACUUGAAAAGGCACAGUCUGAGCAUUCAUUGGAACAGGCCAAAGAGGGAACAGUUCAUAGCAAACUGCUCGAGACGGUCACUCAUGUACAGCACGACAUCCGCGAGUGUAUCCAGAUGGAGAAAGACACUCGGGCCAAGGCAUCUCAGAUGCAACAGGGCGCUCUGGAGUCGCUGAAGCAAUCGUUGUCUGAUGUCCAACAGCUCAUUCAGACAGAGAUUGUAGUGAAGGAGGUGUCGAAGCCGUUGUUCGCUUUGGAGAGUACGAUCAACGAGCUCGUCGGCCAGCCUAUGAAGCUUGAGAGCAUCGAGCUGGUGAACGCCAUUGCAACUCCUAUUGCGAAGGUGACAGAGACCUUGAAGAACAUCGAUCUGCAGUCGGCUCAAGUGGAACCGACGGUAGUGAUGGAAGAUUGUCUGCUGCAGAUGUGCGAGUCACUUGAAAAGGCACAGUCUGAGCAUUCAUUGGAACAGGCCAAAGAAGGCACAGUUCAUAGCAAACUGCUCGAGACGGUCACUCAUGUACAGCACGACAUCCGCGAGUGUAUCCAGAUGGAGAAAGACACUCGGGCCAAGGCAUCUCAGAUGCAACAGGGCGCUCUUGAGUCGCUGAAGCAAUCGUUGUCUGAUGUCCAACAGCUCAUUCAGACAGAGAUUGUAGUGAAGGAGGUGUCGAAGCCGUUGUUCGCUUUGGAGAGUACGAUCAACGAGCUCGUCGGCCAGCCUAUGAAGCUUGAGAGCAUCGAGCUGGUGAACGCCAUUGCAACUCCUAUUGCGAAGGUGACAGAGACCUUGAAGAACAUCGAUCUGCAGUCGGCUCAUGUGGAACCGACGGUAGUGAUGGAGGAUUGUUUGCUGCAGAUGUGCGAGUCACUUGAAAAGGCACAGUCUGAGCAUUCAUUGGAACAGGCCAAAGAGGGAACAGUUCAUAGCAAACUGCUCGAGACGGUCACUCAUGUACAGCACGACAUCCGCGAGUGUAUCCAGAUGGAGAAAGACACUCGGGCCAAGGCAUCUCAGAUGCAACAGGGCGCUCUGGAGUCGCUGAAGCAAUCGUUGUCUGAUGUCCAACAGCUCAUUCAGACAGAGAUUGUAGUGAAGGAGGUGUCGAAGCCGUUGUUCGCUUUGGAGAGUACGAUCAACGAGCUCGUCGGCCAGCCUAUGAAGCUUGAGAGCAUCGAGCUGGUGAACGCCAUUGCAACUCCUAUUGCGAAGGUGACAGAGACCUUGAAGAACAUCGAUCUGCAGUCGGCUCAUGUGGAACCGACGGUAGUGAUGGAGGAUUGUUUGCUGCAGAUGUGCGAGUCACUUGAAAAGGCACAGUCUGAGCAUUCAUUGGAACAGGCCAAAGAAGGCACAGUUCAUAGCAAACUGCUCGAGACGGUCACUCAUGUACAGCACGACAUCCGCGAGUGUAUCCAGAUGGAGAAAGACACUCGGGCCAAGGCAUCUCAGAUGCAACAGGGCGCUCUGGAGUCGCUGAAGCAAUCGUUGUCUGAUGUCCAACAGCUCAUUCAGACAGAGAUUGUAGUGAAGGAGGUGUCGAAGCCGUUGUUCGCUUUGGAGAGUACGAUCAACGAGCUCGUCGGCCAGCCUAUGAAGCUUGAGAGCAUCGAGCUGGUGAACGCCAUUGCAACUCCUAUUGCGAAGGUGACAGAGACCUUGAAGAACAUCGAUCUGCAGUCGGCUCAAGUGGAACCGACGGUAGUGAUGGAAGAUUGUCUGCUGCAGAUGUGCGAGUCACUUGAAAAGGCACAGUCUGAGCAUUCAUUGGAACAGGCCAAAGAAGGCACAGUUCAUAGCAAACUGCUCGAGACGGUCACUCAUGUACAGCACGACAUCCGCGAGUGUAUCCAGAUGGAGAAAGACACUCGGGCCAAGGCAUCUCAGAUGCAACAGGGCGCUCUUGAGUCGCUGAAGCAAUCGUUGUCUGAUGUCCAACAGCUCAUUCAGACAGAGAUUGUAGUGAAGGAGGUGUCGAAGCCGUUGUUCGCUUUGGAGAGUACGAUCAACGAGCUCGUCGGCCAGCCUAUGAAGCUUGAGAGCAUCGAGCUGGUGAACGCCAUUGCAACUCCUAUUGCGAAGGUGACAGAGACCUUGAAGAACAUCGAUCUGCAGUCGGCUCAAGUGGAACCGACGGUAGUGAUGGAAGAUUGUCUGCUGCAGAUGUGCGAGUCACUUGAAAAGGCACAGUCGGAGCAUUCAUUGGAACAGGCCAAAGAAGGCACAGUUCAUAGCAAACUGCUCGAGACGGUCACUCAUGUACAGCACGACAUCCGCGAGUGUAUCCAGAUGGAGAAGGACACUCGAGCCAAGGCAUCUCAGAUGCAACAGGGCGCUCUGGAGUCGCUGAAGCAAUCGUUGUCUGAUGUCCAACAGCUCAUUCAGACAGAGAUUGUAGUGAAGGAGGUGUCGAAGCCGUUGUUCGCUUUGGAGAGUACGGUCAACGAGCUCGUCGGCCAGCCUAUGAAGCUUGAGAGCAUCGAGCUGGUGAACGCCAUUGCAACUCCUAUUGCGAAGGUGACAGAGACCUUGAAGAACAUCGAUCUGCAGUCGGCUCAUGUGGAACCGACGGUAGUGAUGGAAGAUUGUCUGCUGCAGAUGUGCGAGUCGCUUGAAAAGGCACAGUCGGAGCAUUCAUUGGAACAGGCCAAAGAGGGCACAGUUCAUAGCAAACUGCUCGAGACGGUCACUCAUGUACAGCAAGACAUCCGCGAGUGUAUCCAAUUAGAGAAAGAUGCACGAGAAAAACGUAAUAGUUUGAUUAGGAAUGAAGAUAAUGCGAUUAUGAUAAAGAAAGAAAAGGAAGAAGCCAAGAUAAAGAAGGCGGAGGAAGAGGAUAAGGAGAUGAAGGAAGAAUUUAUGGUUAAGAAGACGAAAGAUGAAGAAGCCAAGAAAAUGAAAGAAGAGGCAGAAACCAUCAAUAAGAAAUCAGAAGAGGAAGAUAAGAAAAAGAUAGUUGAAACAGAAGCUGAGAAAAUGGCAGAAGAAGAGGCUAAGAAAAAGAAAGCUGAAGAAGAAGCCAAGAAGAAGAAGGAAGAGGAAGAAGCCAAGAAGAAGCAGGAAGAGGAAGAAGCCAAGAAGAAGAAGGAAGAGGAAGAAGUUAAGAAGAAGAAAGCUGAAGAAGAGGCCAAGAAGAAGAAGGAAGAGGAAGACGCCAAGAAGAAGAAGGAAGAGGAAGAAGCCAAGAAGAAGCAGGAAGAGGAAGAGGCCAAGAAGAAGAAGGCUGAGGACGAGGCUAAGAAAAAGAAGGCUGAAGAAGAAGCCAAGAAGAAGAAGGAAGAGGAAGAAGCCAAGAAGAAGCAGGAAGAGGAAGAAGCCAAGAAGAAGAAGGAAGAGGAAGACGCCAAGAAGAAGAAGGAAGAGGAAGAAGCCAAGAAGAAGAAGGCUGAGGACGAGGCUAAGAAAAAGAAAGCUGAAGAAGAAGCCAAGAAGAAGAAGGAAGAGGAAGAGGCCAAGAAGCAGAUGGAAGAGGAAGAAGCCAAAAAGAAGAAGGAAGAGGAAGAAGUUAAGAAAAAGAAAGCUGAAGAAGAGGCCAAGAAGAAAAAGGAAGAGGAAUACGCCAAGAAGAAGAAGGAAGAGGAAGAAGCCAAGAAGAAGCAGGAAGAGGAAGAGGCCAAGAAGAAGAAGGCUGAGGACGAGGCUAAGAAAAAGAAAGCUGAAGAAGAAGCCAAGAAGAAGAAAGAAGAGGAAGAAGCCAAGAAGAAGCAGGAAGAGGAAGAAGCCAAGAAGAAGAAGGAAGAGGAAGAAGUUAAGAAGAAGAAAGCUGAAGAAGAGGCCAAGAAGAAGAAGGAAGAGGAAGACGCCAAGAAGAAGAAGGAAGAGGAAGAGGCCAAGAAGAAGAAGGCUGAGGACGAGGCUAAGAAAAAGAAGGCUGAAGAAGAAGCCAAGAAGAAGAAGGAAGAGGAAGAAGCCAAGAAGAAGCAGGAAGAGGAAGAAGCCAAGAAGAAGAAGGAAGAGGAAGACGCCAAGAAGAAGAAGGAAGAGGAAGAAGCCAAGAAGAAGCAGGAAGAGGAAGAGGCCAAGAAGAAGAAGGCUGAGGACGAGGCUAAGAAAAAGAAGGCUGAAGAAGAAGCCAAGAAGAAGAAGGAAGAGGAAGAAGCCAAGAAGAAGCAGGAAGAGGAAGAGGCCAAGAAGAAGAAGGCUGAGGACGAGGCUAAGAAAAAGAAGGCUGAAGAAGAAGCCAAGAAAAAGAAGGAAGAGGAAGAGGCCAAGAAGCAGAUGGAAGAGGAAGAAGCCAAAAAGAAGAAGGAAGAGGAAGAAGUUAAGAAGAAGAAAGCUGAAGAAGAGGCCAAGAAGAAAAAGGAAGAGGAAUAUGCCAAGAAGAAGAAGGAAGAGGAAGAAGCCAAGAAGAAGCAGGAAGAGGAAGAGGCCAAGAAGAAGAAGGCUGAGGACGAGGCUAAGAAAAAGAAGGCUGAAGAAGAAGCCAAGAAGAAGAAGGAAGAAGAAGAAGCCAAGAAGAAGAAGGCUGAUGACGAGGCUAAGAAAAAGAAGGCUGAAGAAGAAGCCAAGAAAAAGAAGGAAGAGGAAGAGGCCAAGAAGCAGAUGGAAGAGGAAGAAGCCAAAACGAAGAAGGAAGAGGAAGAAGCCAAGAAGAAGCAGGAAGAGGAAGAAGCCAAGAAGAAGAAGGAAGAGGAAGACGCCAAGAAGAAGAAGGAAGAGGAAGAAGCCAAGAAGAAGCAGGAAGAGGAAGAGGCCAAGAAGAAGAAGGCUGAGGACGAGGCUAAGAAAAAGAAGGCUGAAGAAGAAGCCAAGAAAAAGAAGGAAGAGGAAGAGGCCAAGAAGCAGAUGGAAGAGGAAGAAGCCAAAAAGAAGAAGGAAGAAGAAGAAGCCAAGAAGAAGAAGGAAGAGGAAGAAGCCAAGAAGAAGAAGGCUGAGGACGAGGCGAAGAAAAAGAAGGCUGAAGAAGAAGCCAAGAAAAAGAAGAAAGAGGAAGAGGCCAAGAAGCAGAUGGAAGAGGAAGAAGCCAAAAAGAAGAAGGAAGAGGAAGAAGUUAAGAAGAAGAAAGCUGAAGAAGAGGCCAAGAAGAAGAAGGAAGAGGAAGACGCCAAGAAGAAAAAGGAAGAGGAAGAAGCCAAGAAGAAGCAGGAAGAGGAAGAAGCCAAGAAGAAGAAGGAAGAGGAAGACGCCAAGAAGAAGAAGGAAGAGGAAGAAAAGAAGGCUGAGGACGAGGCUAAGAAAAAGAAGGCUGAAGAAGAAGCCAAGAAGAAGAAGGAAGAGGAAGAGGCCAAGAAGCAGAUGGAAGAGGAAGAAGCCAAAAAGAAGAAGGAAGAGGAAGAAGCCAAGAAGAAGAAGGAAGAGGAAGAAGCCCAGAAGAAGAAGAUUGAAGCCGAGGCUAAGAAAAAGAAGGCUGAAGAAGAAGCCAAGAAAAAGAAGGAAGAGGAAGAAGCCAAGAAGCAGAUGGAAGAGGAAGAAGCCAAAAAGAAGAAAGAAGAGGAAGAAGUUAAGAGGAAGAAGUCUGAAGAAGAGGCUAAGAAGAAGAAGGAAGAGGAAGACGCCAAGAAGAAGCAGGAAGAGGAAGAAGCCAAGAAGAUAGCGGAAGAAGCCAAGAAGAAGGCGGAAGAAGCCAAGAAGAAGAAGGAAGAGGAAGAGGCGAAAAAGAAGCAGGAAGAAGACAAGAAGAAGAAGGAAGAGGAAGAGAUGAAAAAGAAGCAGGAAGAGGAAGCAGCCAAGAAGAAGAAAGAAGAGGAAGAAGCCAAGAAGAAGCAGGAAGAGGAAGCAGCCAAGAAGAAGAAGGAAGAGGAAGCAGCCAAGAAGAAUAAGGAAGAAGAAGAAGUCAAGAUAAAGAAGGAAGAGGAAGAAGCCAAAAAGAGGAAAGAAGAGGAAGAAGUUAAGAAGAAGAAGGCUGAAGAAGUGGCCAAGAAGAAGAAGGCUGAGGAAGAUGCCAAGAAGAAGAAGGAAGAGGAAGAAGUCAGGAAGAAGAAGGAAGAGGAAGAAGCCAAGAAGAAGAAAGAGGAGGAAGAAGUUAAGAAGAAGAAGGCUGAAGAAGAGGCCAAGAAGAAGAAGGCUAAAGAAGAGGCCAAGAAGAAGAAGGAAGAAGAAGAAGCAAGAAAGAAAAAAGAAGUAGACGAGUCCAAGAAGAAGGCCGAGGCAGAAGCUAAGAGAAAGAAGGAAGAGGAAGACAUAAAGAAGAAAAAGGAAGAAGAAGAAGCAAAUAAAAAAGAAAAAACCAAGAAGAACGAAGAGGAAGAAACCAAGGAGAAGGAAGAAAAGAAAACAGCAAAAGAAAAGAAGGCGGAAGCAGAAACGAAGAAACAAAAGGAAGAAGACGAAGCUAAGAAGAAAAUACAGAAAGAAGAAAAUACUAAGAAGAAGGCGGAAGAGGAACAGAUUAGGAAAAAGAGCAAGAAAACAGAAGAAGCAGAGGCAGAAGCAGAACUCGCGCUAAGCAAAACGAGCGUGGAACUGCAGCUGCUGCAGAAGGAUCUUGAGUACAUUCAGCUGAACUUCGGCUCGGACCGGGUAGAUCUUACCUCAAAGACCGUACAGUCCUACUUUGUGCAAAUUUGUAAAUCCUUAACCCUACUGCAUCCGUCCGUGGUGGCCACUGUUCAGAAGCCGUCCUACGCGACCUGCGUAAACAUUCUGCAGCAGCUUACCAUUCCCGUGCAUGAUCUGGUGAGCGUUCUGCCGCCAAGCACGGGCGCGGGAGACGCUGAAGCCUUGAGUCCGGCACUGAAGCAUAACUUGAGACAGUUGUAUCGCGUCGUAUCGCUAAUUUCGCAGCAGCACCUUACCAGGGUGCGCAAUGAGCGCGAAGUUACGAUCGUGGAGGAGAUCAAGCGGCAGCUUCUUAGCCUGGACCGGCUGCUGAAGGCGCUGCUUGAUCUGCACAGCAAGACGGAACAGCAGAAGGAUCUGCUGGAAAUGGUUCGUAAGAAUUUGGUCACGCUCAAGACCGUCAUGCUGCAGGUUAGGACGACCUGCUGCCUGCAGACGCUGGUGGAGAAGGACGACCAGCUGCUGGGCGCGUUCGAGCUGGUAAUUGAACGGCUCACGGUGAACCCGCUGCAGCUCGACUCCGUCGAGUAUCUUCGUUUGCUAGCAGAGUCUCUGGAGCGGUACUGCGACGUGAUGCGCAGGCUCGGCAACAAUGGGACGAUUUCCGACUGGCUGUUGCGCUACCAGCUGCAACUGCUCAAGAUCUUUGACACGAUCGAGUUUUGUCUGAGCGAGGAACAGUUCAUAGUGAUCGGUAGCAAGGAGAAGUACACCCGCACCAGCACGCAGGAUGCGAUACAUGCGGUGAAGCAGCUGAUAACGCACUACAAGAUCGCCAGCAGUCAGGAGGUGCGUCGGGAGCAAAAGUCGGAACAGACGCACAUCCAGCUGAUUGCCGCACGCCAGGGACUUACGGACGAGGCAGAAUCGGUGCCGGCCGGUGGCCGGGAAAGAAGUGCCCGUCGCACGGUAGACGCGCGGCAGACCCGGGCGGAUGCGGUACGGCGCCAUGCCACCCGUAGCCCGGUCGGGCAGCGGGACGAUCCGCCCCGCAGCUCGUCCAGGUGCAGCCUGGGCGCGUUACCGUCCAAGCGCGGGCCAUCGUUUGCGGUGUACCUGAAGAACGUGUUCAUCGAGCGCGAUCACAGCUUCAAGCUGCUGUGCGUGGUGCUGGACUCGGAGAUCGACGUCCGGUGGACGAAGGAUGGCAGCGACAUCGCACCAACCGGGCGGUACCAUAUGGUGCAGAAGAACGGGCUCAUCACGCUGCAGGUGGACCACGCCGAGUACGAGGAUACCGGUGUGUAUGCGUGCCACGUUUUCAACAAUUACGGCCAGUCGUUCAACAAGUGCACCGUCGAGGUGUAUGAUACGAGCGAUGAUAUCAUCUGCCCGUCGUUCAGUAUACCGCACCAAAUGGAUCUCAUGAACCAGCCCAACAUCCACUCGCAUGCAAAACACACACACAGAGGAAAGAGGAAAACGAUGACGGGCAGACGGGAGCGCCGGUCGCGGUCGAAAAAGAACCAGCCGGAGGAGCCGGUCCAGGUGGAGGUGACGCCGGCCGAGCCGACGAUGCUGGACCUGCUGAAGAUACCGGGGCGGGGCGAUUCGCCGCGCGAUUUCCGCAGCCUGCACCGGGAAAAGUCGCCGUUCGAGAUCGGCGAGCGGCCGGAGAAGCAGGUCGCGUCCCAGAAGGCCAUCAUCGACAAGGCGCUCGUGAUGGACAUCUCGGGCGGCGUCACGAACGUGGACGAGUACAUCUCGCUGUUCUUCACCGACUCGUGCUCGCUGGAUCCGGCCAGCUGCGGCGACAUCUCGACCGUCAAGGUGGUGGUGGUGGAGGAGGAGAUGGUCGAGCCCGAGCCGCCGAAGCCGGCCGAGGAGCACUCCAAAACGGAGGCGGAGGCGGCCGCCGAGCUGGCCCGCAUACAGGAGGAGGAGGAGGCAGGUAAGUCCGCGAAGGAGCCGACGCCGCCGCCGCCGCCCCCGCCCGAGCCGGAACCAGAGCCGGAACCGGUGGAGGAAGAGGAGGAGGAAGAGGAGGAGGAGGAGGAACCCGAACCCGAGCCGCCUCGGGCGCCGACGCCGCCCCCGCCGAAGGAGCCGACGCCCGAGCCGGAACCGAUAAAGCCACCGCCCGAGCCCGAAUAUGACUCAGACGUAGAGCUGAUCCCGGUGAAGGAAGAGUUCGAUCCGUCGGUGUGGAAGAGCAUCGACAGUCUCGAACUGCAGCUGCAGCAGCAAGCGGAAGCGGAGGCGAAACCGAAAGCGAAGGAGAAAGACAAGUCCCGUGAAGCGUCGCGCCGCGAAUCGACCACGCAGGAGAUGACGGAACGGGAGCGCGACCUGGAAUGGCAGCGGCAGCGCCAGAUGAUGCGGCCACCGCUGGUGAUCUCGCAUCUGAAGGCGCGUGCCGCGCCGAAGGGCUCGACGGUGAAGCUGACCUGCACGAUCUCCGGCCCGGGCAUCACGGUGCGCUGGCUCAAGAACGGCGACCCGAUCGAGAAGAGCACCAAGCACACGUUCAAGGUGAGCGAGGGCCUGCUCAGCCUGGAGAUCAAGGACAUCGACAAUGCCGACGCGGGCGAGUACUGCUGCAUGAUCAAGAACAAGAACGGCGAAACGUCCACCAGCACCUCGCUGACGGUGUACGAAAAUUACGAAACCAAACCAACGCCGCCGACGUUCAUCUCGAUCAAAGAUGAUGUUUCACUAGAGGACAAGCAGCAGCAGCAGCAGCAGCAGCAGGCACCGGCAGUAGUUGCAAGUGAAGGGCAGGCAGCAGAAGCUGCUGCCACUGCUUCUACCCCGGAACAACCGGCAGCAGUAGCAGAAGCUACCGCAGCUGCUGGCGAUGCUCCGGCAGCCGAACAACCCGCCUCGGGCGAUGCCGCACUUCCUCCCUCUGGCGCUCCCCAACCUCCGCCGCCGGAACCGCAGGAACAACCACCUCCUCCUCCUGCCGCCGUCGAAGCACCCGCCGCACCGACGACCGAAGAGCAGCCCGCGGGCGAAGAGGGCGAAGCACCGGCCGCGCCACCACCGGAAGUGGGUGGCCAUGCCAAGCACAGGCGAACCGCGCCGGAGAAGUCACCGUCGCCUCCGCCGAUCGGGGGCGAUAUGGCCCGCUACUACCACAAGAAGAUACUGCACCAGCGGGACAAGCUGCAGUGGUCGGUGCACCUGACCAACCGGGCCAUCGUGGCCGGCCACCGGCUGAAGCUGAUGUGCUGCGCCACCGGGUUCGAUCCGACGCUGGAGUGGUUCAAGGACGGGCAGCCGGUCGAGUACGACGACCACGUCGUCGACAUGAACGACAUGCACCGGGGCGCGUACGGCUGCCUGUGGGUCAACGAUGUCACCGUGAAGGAUGCGGGCGAGUACAAGUGCAAGGCGAAGAACGCGACGGAGGAGAUCGAAACCGUGUGCCGGUUGACGGUGGUCGAGCCGGUCAACACGGUGCAAACCUUUGCGCCCACGUUCGUGCGCAUGGUUCGAGAAAACUACGACCCGUACAGCAACAUCCUCACGGUGGAGUUUGUGAUCCGGGCCAAUCCGACGCCAACGCUGACGUGGUACAAGGGCAUCAUCAAGCUGGGCGUCUACCCGGACAGCCACAUGCGCAUCUCGCAGCACUUUGACGAGACGGCCGAGCACACGAUCGCGUCGCUCGUGUUCUACGACCCUUCGUACACGGACAAUGGCGAGUACAUCUGCAUCGCGACGAACGCGGUCGGCGAGGCGACGUGCAAGCAUGUGGUCGACUUCUGCAGCAAGGAGCAGUACUUCGAGUGGUUGGCCAAGAAGCGGCCCGGCUGGUUUAAGGCCGAAUCGUACAUUGCGGUCGAGCCGCCGCCCACCUUUGGCGAUGGCGAAGCCGGCGAGGAGGAGGAAGACGGCGGCGAGGAGGAGGAAGAGGAAGCGGAAGGUGGGGAGGAGGGAGAGGGACCGCCGAAGGUGAAGCGCGCUCCGAAGCUGGCCGACGUGAAGGAGCUGCCGGAGGAGGAAACGAAAGCGGAGGCGGAAGCGCAGGCCCCGGCAGAGCCGCGUAGCGUCCAGAUCGUGGAGCCGGAACCGGUGGCGCCGGCCAAGGAACCCGAGCCGGAGCCGCAUUACAAGCGGCGCAAGUCCCGCACGCAGGUGGCGCUGGAAGAGUUCGAGCGGCGCAAAAAGUUCGACUUUGUGUCGCACAUGGCGAACGUGCGGGUCGAGCCGGGCAAGACGCUACGGCUGAUCGCGUACGUGAAGUGCCCGGAGGAGGUGAGCUCCUACUGGAAGCGGGACGGGCGUGUGCUGGGCAAUGGGUUGCGCCUGACGCACACCACGAUGCGGUGCGGCACGUGCGUGCUGGAGAUAGAGCAGUGCAAGUACCGGGACGCGGGCAGCUACACCUGCGUGGCCAAGUGCCCGACCUACGGUGAGAUCGAGCAAACGUGCACGGUGUCGGUGGUGGAGAAGACGGAGAUUAAGGGCGAAGCGCCGGUCUUUACCCGCCCCAUGCAAGAAAAGUACGACCCGAUACAGGACGAGCUGACGCUCGAGUGUUGCGUGCGGGGCGAUCCCGAACCGGAGACGGUGUGGAUCGUGCAGGGCGUGUUCAUGCGCCACAACACGGGCGGCCGGCUGUACUUCCGCAAGUACCCGGACGGCCGGCAGCUGCUGAAGAUCUUUCAGCCGAGCAAGGAGGACAGCGGGCGGUACGUGUGCCGGGCGAAGAACAGCGUCGACAAGACGGACAUGUCGUACUGGCUGAACUACAAGAACAGCGACGAGGAUGUGCUGAAGGUGUUCGAGGACGAGCUGCACAAAAAGUCGGAAAAGCCCAUCCUGAGCCGGCACCUGCGGGCGAAGGAUUGCGACUACAAUCCGGAGGACGAGGCGCUGAUCAAGUGGUCGGAAACGCGCAGCCAGCACGACAAGGAGUACGACUAUCGGUACAAGCUGCGGUUCAUUACGCAGCUGCAGGAUAAGACCGUGCCGGAGGGUUCGAACCUCAAGUUUACCUGCUACGUCGACGGCAAGUUCCCGCUGUUCAUGUGGUACAAGGACGACAUACCGCUCGUGCAGGGCCGCAAGUACCGGCAGAAGACGCGCCGCGACGGCAAGGUGACGCUCGAGAUCGUCAACGUCACGACGGAGGACGCCGGCACGUACAAGCUCGAGGCGCGCAACUACGCCGGUAGCAUUGAGACCAAGUCGGCGGUGACUGUUUAUGAGAAUCCGUACACCAAGUUCGUACCGCCAAUCUUUGCUAGCAACAUCCUAGAAACGUACUCGCUGCACUCGAACGAGAUCGUGCUGGAGUGCCGGGUGCGCGGUACGCCCCGGCCGAACAUUGCCUGGAUCAAGGACGGCGAGUACAUCAUCCCGGGCGACAAGUACGAGCAGUACGACCAUGCCGACGGUACCUGCAAGCUGAUCGUGACCAGCCCGGGCGAGGAAGACUCGGGCACGUACACGUGCGAGGCGGAGAGCGGCGGCUGCAGCGACGCGAUCAGCCACAACGUGCAGUUCGUCAGCAAGGAGAAGGUGCUGAUGGAGCGCACGCACAGCGUGUACCACCGGAACCCGAACCUGCCCCACUUCUACCAGGGGCUGGCCGACUACUCGAUCCCGUCCGGCGGCAACAUCUGUCUGGUGGUGGAGGUGCAGGGCAACUGUGAGGUGCAGUGGUUCCGCGACCGCUACCCGGUCACCGGCAAGCCGCCGAAGGUGCGCACGUACAGCGACGGCACGGGCCUGUUUGCGCUGUGCAUUACGGCGGCCACGAUGGACGCGUCCGGCCGGUACGUGUGCCGGGCGACGAACGCGUUCGGCAAGGCGGAAUCCUCCUCGCACGUCGACAUCAUCAACCCGAACGCGAUCAAGGGCGCGAAGCCACCGAUCUUCAUGUCCCGGCCGCAGCCCGAGAUCAAGAUCAGACAGGGCGACACGCUGUCGAUGGCGUUCAAAAUCAUCGGCGACCCGAAACCGAAGAUUCAAUGGAUGAAGGGCACGAAAGAUUUGACCAACUCGCCGCGAACGGUGAAGGAAGUGCACGCGGACUACAUUCGAUUCUCGAUCAAGGAAGCAGUGGUCGCGGACGAGGGUGCCUACUUCAUCGUGGCCAGAAAUCGGCACGGCAUCGAUCGUUCGUUCACUAAAGUAUCGAUCAAGCCACCGAGGGGCUACAAGAAGCACCUGGAGGACGAUCUUGAUCGGGAUGCGCCCGAUAAGGGCCGGAAAUAAAUGCACGCAAAGCACGGCGCUGAAACUUUACACUUGUAGUUUCAUUUUGGAAUGUUACAUUGUGUUUUGACGACGCCACGUUGCUUCUGCCAAAUAAAAAAAAGAGAAGCGAACUAGUGGUGGUGGUACUAGAGCAGCUAAGUUAUCAUUAUCAGCAUCAGCAUCAUCGGCGUGAACAGCGAACCGGCAGCACAACAGCACAAGCCGGCAGUAGAUAUAUAGUUCGUUCACCCCUUUAUCCCUUAAAACGCAUCGAACGUCUGAAUCUGCGUGUGGAUGAUUCAAACUGAAAGAGUUUUGCAUUGCGAGAAACAUUGUUUACCUUUUUAGUAAGUUUUAUGAACCCCUCCCCCCCCCCCCCCCACUCUCUUGUCCUUUAUCCAACCCACCUACCCCCGCAACCCCAACACCCAAUCAUUUAGUUAAAGAGAGAAGCUUUCGUGUUUGUAUAUGAAUAAAACAGAAACGAUUUUAAAGAAA